AAUGCAUUGGACUAGGUGCCCUGGGAUCUCCUCGCCGAGGUCUCCCUACUACCAAUGUAGUACACCUAUCAGGGACCACGACCCUUGCCGGCCACCCUACACUCGAUUUCCACCAUCUACGACCGAGUUCUCGCUUGGCUUGAAAAGUGCUCCUUGCAGGGCAUGAUCAAACACGAACUCGAACGAGCAAGGCCCUUGGGAUUACCCGUUCGCCAUCUGCAACCUCGUCACUGGGUAUGACCUGCAGCACCAGGUGUAAGAGCAUGGGAGGCCAGUCGUCGCGAUCAUAUUUCUCUGGCACGCCCCUAGGGCGCAAGAACCAUCACGGACUGUGGCUCUACCAAAGCGUCCGUUCUCUACUACAGACUGCUACCAGCUUUCAAUGACCGAACUACAACGACUGCUUUUAUGCUAACAGUCAAAGCGCGCUAUAAUGUCUUCAGCUCAAGCUCCAGCAUUGUCUGAGGACUACCUCAAUGCCAACAAAGGCCCGCAAGUUCUCGCCAUCAUCAUUGUCUUCCCUUGCCUCGCCCUCAUCACGGUCGGUCUGCGGCUCUACACAAGGUUUAAGAUUGUCAACAAUCCAUCUUAUGAGGAUUUUGCAAUCCUGAUCGCUCUGGUCUUCAGUGUAGCGACAUCAAUAUGUCAAGGCUUCCAAGUCUACAAUGGCAUGGGCCGUCACAUCCAAGCGAUCACCCUCGAGCAAGGCAUAGGGUCGUUAAAGGCUCUCUUCGCCAGCAUCAUGAUGUACAAUUUCGGCCUUACGCUGACCAAGGUCUCUAUCAUCCUUCAAUAUCUCCGAAUCACCGUCGACAGAGGAGUCCGGAAAUCCUGCAAGAUCCUGAUGUACAUCACGCUCUUCAAUUGCUUUCAAACUUUCAUCACCGGCAUCUUCUCGUGUUAUCCUGUCGCCAAAUUCUGGGACGACAGAAUUCCUGGCGGCUGCGUCAACAAGCCAGCACUGUGGUAUGCGAACGCUGCGAUCAACAUCUGUCAAGAUAUCUGGCUUAUAACGCUGCCCAUUUUCAUCCUCCGGAAGCUCCAGAUGCCUCGGCGUGAGAAGAUCAGCUUGAUACUGAUCCUUGGGCUCGGCGGAUUUGCAAGCUUAGCAUCAGUUUUCCGCCUCCAUGCCCUCUACAUCGUCGCUGCGAGCCAGGACAUUACGUGGGACAACCCCGGAACUGCCACCUGGUCCGCCAUGGAGCUGAACAUUGGUAUCAUCUGCGCGUCGCUACCGACUCUCCGCGCACUCUUUGCCAAGUUCUUCCCGAACACCUUCUCGUCGUCAAUCAUAAGCGCAGCAGACCAUGCUCACCGUAAUUCAGAUCGGAGCGGCGAGGAUAGACUUGUCAGUCCUCCCAACAUGGCCCAAAUUGCGGACGGGGGCAUUCUCGUCCAGAAAGAAAUUCAGGUGGGGGACGUCGAAAAUGGGACAGGUACUUUUCUUGCAAGCGACUCCGAAGUCGAAUCGCAAAGGGGUCAACCAGGAAUCGCAAUCCGAGCCGAAAUCAUAGAGCCUGAGAUGGUGGCACGGCGGUAGCCAAAAUUCGACCCCCCGGAUACGCUCCUUUCGAUCUUCUUUGUUCUUUCCCUAUCUCAUACGACUGUCACGCAUUGCAUUGGGCUAUGGCGUCGGUCACUUCAGCCUGGGGAGGCCUGUGUAUGGCGUUGGAGAAAACCGGGACCUCACACGCUCGCUUCCUCCGUUUAGCCUUCAGCUUUCCUCGCUACCAUUCAUCAACAACCACUCCUUGUACAUGACAGCGCAUGGGCAGGACAUACAGGUGGUGCAUUCCUUGAA